GGGCCGGCCUAAACCCUCUAUCCUGGAUAGUAGUAUAGUGUAUCAGAUAAACCCUUUUCUCCGUUCCACACGCCCCGCAUAAUAUCUUGUUUAACUGCUAACCCCUAAACCAACACCAAGUGCACCUUGUUCAGCCAUGGCUUCCUUUUCCAUAGAUAUAGCCACCACUUUUAUGGGACUGGCCAAGCGUCAGACUCCACAUCUUCAUGGUCUUCGUACAGCAGUGUUUCCGUGUCUGUGGAAAACUAGAAAAUUUCGGAGGCCAAUUUGCUCGACUACUUCAUCUUCGAGAAUUAGCUUUACAAUUAAUAAUUCUGCUAAAGCAAAUAGAUUUUCUCGAAGAUUUAGUGUGUCUGCUACUUCUACUUCAACUCCACAAAGCGAGGAAUCCGAUGUGUUAACUAAGGUUCCUCCCGAUAAUCGAAUUCCGGCUACCAUUAUCACUGGUUUCUUGGGUUCUGGAAAAACUACCUUAUUGAAUCACAUAUUGACUGCCGAUCAUGGAAAACGUAUUGCUGUUAUCGAGAAUGAGUAUGGUGAAGUGGAUAUUGAUGGUUCUUUGGUUGCUGCAAAAGCUGCUGGAGCGGAGGAGAUUAUGAUGCUUAACAAUGGGUGUCUCUGUUGCACUGUGAGGGGUGAUCUAGUUAGAAUGAUUGCAGAGUUGGUCAGUAGAAAGAAAGGGAAAUUUGACCAUAUUGUCAUAGAGACUACAGGAUUGGCAAAUCCUGCACCAAUUAUUCAAACUUUCUAUGCGGAGGAUCAGGUUUUCAACGAUGUUAAGUUGGAUGGUGUUGUUACGUUGGUUGAUUCUAAACAUGUUGGUCUUCACUUGGAUGAGACUAAGCCAAAAGGUGUGGUCAAUGAAGCAGUCGAGCAAAUAGCUUAUGCUGACCGUAUUAUAAUAAACAAGACUGAUCUUGUUGGUGAGUCCGAAGUUUCUUCCUUGAUUCAGCGAAUAAGGAACAUAAAUAGUAUGGCUCAUUUGAAAAGGACACAGUUUGGAAAGGUUGAUUUGGAUUAUGUUCUAGGGAUUGGAGGCUUUGAUUUGGAAAGAAUUGAGAGUUCAGUUGGUGCUGAAGGUUCCAAGGAAGAUCAUUCUAGCCAUAGUCAUGAUCAUGAUCACCAUGAUCAUGAUCACCACCACCACCAUGACCAUGAACAUGAUCACAAGCAUGAACAUCUUGAUCAUCACCAUUCUCACGAUCACACUCAUGACCCUGGUGUUUCUUCUGUCAGCAUAGUUUGCGAAGGGACCUUGGAUCUUGAGAAGGCUAAUAUGUGGCUUGGAACGUUGCUGAUAGAACGAAGCGAUGACAUAUAUCGGAUGAAGGGCCUUUUAUCUGUUCAGGGAAUGGAUGAGAGAUUUGUCUUUCAGGGAGUCCAUGACAUAUUCCAAGGUUCUCCAGAUCGGCCAUGGCGGUCAGAUGAACCAAGAACAAACAAGAUAGUAUUUAUAGGGAAGAACUUAGACGGAAAGGAAUUAGAGGAAGGCUUCAAAGCCUGUUUAACAUAAAUCUCGGAUUCUGGUUGCUAUUCUCUUAAGGUUGAUGACAAAAUAAUGUGAGUGUUACAGCUAAUUGGUCAGCAGGGGAGAGGAAAUUUAAGCAUGAUCGACUUGUCGAUAAAGAAACAGCAGAAGACUUUGUGGCCCCAAUUGGAAAUACAAAUAAAUUCUGCAGUUUUGUGUUGUCAUGUACCCUUUUCAGCGUCUCUGUAAAAUGACAAAUAUAUUUUGUUAUUCAUAGCUCCAGUCGUGAAUAACUUGUAAUAAUUGUUUUCCGUUUAGUCUCUUGUUUUGCUUUGCA